AUGUUGUGGAAGGUCGUCCUAUUGAUUUCUUUGUCCUUCAUCCUGGUGGACGUUCAGUACUGUCACGCAGCUCUGUAUCCGUCAGCGCUGAGGACAAAGCGAGGGACACCCCGGCUGGUGGACCCGUCCUUCCAGCACUCUGUGGAGGACGCCAAGCUGCUCUUUGAGAUCUUGCUGACCGGAAUGGAGAUCCGAGGUGAGGAAGACACCCUCCUCAUCCAAGAUCCGGAGCUGGCCUCCCUCAGGAGGGUCAGGUCGCUAGCGGUCAUAUGCGAGGAUGUCCUGCCCAAGAGGCUUUCUGAAAUCAAACGUCUCACGGCCGAGUUGGACGAACGCCGCCGUCCUCUGAGCCGGCAGGACUUUGAAAGAACCGUGCUCACCCUGGUGUACGCCGCCCGCACCGUGGCGGAGGCCUCGGAGCCGGAGCGCAGGGAGGCGUGGGCCCGCUCCGUCAUCCAGCUCUUCAGGGCCAUCCAGAAGGACCUUGCCCCGUCUUCAGCCACAAAAAAGUGA